AUGGGGAAGAUCAAAUAUCAGUCGAUGGUCUUGGUGACCAGCUCGCUUGUGACUGUAACAGUGACAGCGCUUUUGGCAUUGGCAGUCUAUGUGAAUGUGAAACAGCCAGUGGCCGGGGAAGUCUCCACGCCGGGUUUCCCAGCCCUCAAUGUUAGCGCAUCCCAGUGGAAUGUCGGUUGCACUGUUUUAGGAACAGCGGUUGGGAUACUGGUGACGGCAGGCCUUGCUUUUGACGAUGGCUUGCUCACGCGGGAAGCUAUACUUUGCACAGAAGGUGUCGCUCCCUUUUAUCUGCGUCCAUUGACGAUACCGCGUGGAAUGGACCAAGUCAGAAAUGGCUGGUCCCAUGCCACUCGUAUGUUCCUUCUAUUCCUGACAAUCGUGGCGACCUUAUCUACCACAGCAACUGUGGCCAUAUUUGGCGUUCAUAAUGUGGAGCAAUCCCUUUAUAAUCCAACGGCGAGCUGGCCCUUGGCAACGAUUCUCAAGGUUAAGGAUGAGGAGACAGACCUCGCGACAAAUUCCUACAAUCUCGCGACUUUAGAUGCGUUCCUGUUUAGGAGUGCGUAUAUUGCGGGACUCAAUACAUCCACGAAGUGGAAAUCAGACUAUCCCGGCUUCCUGUCGAGAUGGUUACCAGAAUCUGGCUCAUUAGGGGACACAUUAUAUCCCACCUUGCAUACAAGCGGCAUUGGCCUGAACGUGUCGUCCUACCUCGACUACACAGGACGCCCACGGAUCGGAUUCGACGUCCCGGCCACAUACACCUUUAACAAACUCUACGGGGAAGUAUUCGGCACGCACAUCUACGUUACAUGCAGCGAUGCGCAACACGCAUUGACGACCGAUAUGGUAUCGAACAGUGGGAACAAUUUCAGCAGCUGGUACUAUCAAAUCGACACCCAGAAAGGUGCCCACCUGGCCCUCUCUUCCGAGAUUGACAUCUUCACCAUAGGCUCUGCCCUGAUCUACCAACACGGCGUACCAAUUCUGACAAUAGCCGUCCCGUUCGAUGCGCACAAGGUGGUCGUGUACGAAUGUACAUACUCUGGUAAUGAUUUCGUCGCAUCCGUAUCGGUUGAUUCUCGCGUCUCCCCACUGAGAAUUGUAGCCGAGAAAGGGAACAGCUCGAGCAUCGACACCGACACCAAGAAAAUGCUGGCGUACUCCAUGAGCACCCUCCUUUCCAAGCAAGGGGGUGGCAGUCUCGUUCGUGCCUGGCAGACUCUCGACAUCGAAAAACCGGCGUCUUUCGAGGGCGACAGCGAGACGCUCAGGAGGAACCUGGAAAAGGUCUUCAGCCAGAUGGGAGAAGCGCUGAUCAGUCUUUGGCGGCAGGACUUUGAAAGGGCCGAUUAUCAUGAGGCCUCCGACUUACCUACUCCGAGGGGCGUCCCAGCGCUGGCGGUCGCCGUUUUGGUGACUAUUGCUAAACUCGGUGGGGGGUCUUGGGGAUGGUUGAGCGUGUAUAUCUUGUUUCUAAUGGGGUCCCUGAGCAGUAUUGUUCGAUAUUGUCGGGUACGUCGAAUACUGCAAACUGAUGUUCAGGAUCCUUUGAGGAUUCUGGAGAUGACCUUGGAGGGAGGGAAGGAGGUUAGCUUGAGAUCGCGGAUCAGGAUCCAAGAUAAGUUGGAAGUGAUAUCUUCGAGUACUGGGUUGCUAUUAAAUGAUACUGUUGGAGAGAGGAGCGAAACAUUGCAUUUAUAA